CUGCUGCGGCAGGAGCUGUGCCGGGGUGAGGAGUCCUUCGUGCAGCAGUCCCAGAACGAGCUGCAGCAGAUCCGACUGUCCUUUGAGAGAAAGAAGAUGGCCAUCACCGAGGUGUGGGACGGUGUGGCCGAGGUACACAUGGCCCUGAAUAAUCAGGCCACCGGGCUCCUGAACCUCAAGAAGGACAUCCGGGGUGUGCUAGACCAGAUGGAGGACAUUCAGCUGGAGAUUCUGGGGGAGCGUGCCCAGUGCCGCAGCCAGACCAGGAAGGAGCAGCAGAUGGCAUGCAUAGCGAAGGCGCGGCCUCCGCUGGGAUGCUCCGAGGGCUUCAGAGGCCAGCUCUGGCUGCUGCUCCUGAGGCUGCUGCUGGGCGCCCUGCUGGCCUGCACGGCCGCCUACGUGUACGUGGUGGACCCCGCGCCCUUCGAGGGGCUGGUGCCGCCCCUGCUGAGCCAUGCAGCCGUCUGGAAGCUCCGGGCCCUCCUGGGCCCGUUCCUGCGCCUCGAGGUGGACGACUUCCUGCCCUUCUAGGCCAGAGGCCCAGUGACCCCAGGGAGGAAGAGGCCAGGCAGCCGGCUGCCCCUGGUGCCCAGUGGCAGCACCAGCCCCUGCCCCGGCACUGCCUGGCACGUCCUCGCCAGGAGCUCCGGAGAAGGGUGGAGGCGGGGUCUGUCCUGAGGGCUGGGCCUGUGGCUGGACAUAUAGUGGUGACACACAUGGCGUGUGAGCUUGUUUCCA